AUGGAGGGGAUGGAGAGACGCAUAAAAAGGGGAGGAUGGAGAGAGAGUGUGAGAGUGGAGAAUGAGGGAGUGGGGGAGGGGAUAAGGUCGGUUGGAGUGAGGAAGGGUGUUCUGGAGACUCAGGAGGAGGGAGUGAACGUGGAAAAAGGGGACAACUCGCUAUUGGAUUUGGAAAGAGACACAAAUAAAGAAAGUGGAGAUUUACGAGAUUUUACGGGAACCCCGAUGUGGAUCAACGCAGAUUUUCUUGGGAGCUUUUACGACGCCUUAGUGAUCAAGUGCCGUCUGAGGAUAUGCCAUGCAUGGCUUGUGGGGAGGGAUUUUAAUGAGAUUCUUCAUGAUUCAGAAAAUAUAGUAGGGAAUGGGCUGUGGAAUUUAGAAUUCCUGAAUUGCAGCAUGAAGGCGCUGGACUUCUACGGGUCCGAUCAUAGACCCGUUCUGUGCAGUUUUGCACCGGAGGAGAGUAAGCUGGUGAGAUACGGUAAGGGUCGGUUUCACUUCGAGGAUAAGUGGUUCCUCGAGAAGGACUUUGUUCCUAAUUUUUUAUGCAAAUGGGCAUCAUUACAUUCUGUUGUGGAGGCGAGAAGAAGGAUGGAUGAAUGCAUAGUCUUUUUAGAGAAUUGGGUACGAAAACAGUUUAACAAAUUGGGCAAGAGAAUAGCCGAGAUGAGGAAAGAGCGAUUGAGAAAGAUGAAGAGAUUGGGGGGCAUGCAUAACGGUCAGGAGGUGAUCGAACUCAGUAACCGGAUUGAGAGAGCUGUGGAAGCUGAGGCUUGUCAUUGGAAACAAAGGGCGCGAGUUAAUUGGCUAGCCAAUGGAGAUCAGAAUACUGGAGCUUUUCAUAAACAAUCUUCAAAGCGACGGAAGAAGAACAGUAUAAAAGGGUUGAAGAAUAAGGAUGGAGAGUGGAUGGAGAAGGAGGAGAAUAAGGCAUGA